AGAAGCCCUAUGGAAGCGCAUGUACCCUGCCCUGCGGUGUGGAGCGGACCAGAUGAAAUUCACAGCGACUGGCCCACCUGUCAAGUCUUUUGCACUGCACCAAAAUCCUCCUGUACCUCUGUCCCACGUGCCUAAAACCUGUGGCUACAAUGUGCAGAGAAAUCAAGUUGGACUUUCAAUGGAUGUCCCCUAUAGUGGCUGCUAUGUUGCACAAGAGGAUGGAUACUACAACUUAUUCCUGCUCUGGCAUGGAAUCCCAGUGACCUUGAAGUGCCCCAAGCUUGAAGAUGGGCCCCUACCUGUGACACCACCAGUGGUUUACCCUAAUCCGUUUCCUGGAGGGGUUUGGCCACAGCCACAUCCACACCCACAACCACAUCCGCAUCCGUACCCAUGGUCCAUGCAUAAACCUCAGGAUCCCAUGCCUCCUAAAGUGCCACCUUUUUUCCCUUCUCCCCAGUUUUGGCCCUUGACUCAAAAACCAGCACAGUCUCCUGCCCCUCCAAUGCAAGAGCCCAAUCCCUGGCAGAAUUCGAUGACUCCUUGGUAUCAAGGCCUGAACUUUACUCCUCCCUUUGCUCCUGGGUCUCAGCAUGUAGCACCUUUCCAUCCUCAUCACUACCCUUGGUAUUACUACUAUUGGUAUUAUUACUAUUUGUACUAUUAUCAUAACCAUCCUCAUCACCACCAACAUCCUCAUCACCCUCAUCAUCCUCACCAUCCUCACCAUCACCACAUUCAUCCUCAUCACCACCAUCAUCAUGAUUCAAUGCUCCGAAGCCAAAACCAGGCCAUUGCUACUCCACAAGACCCUGUCCCUGAGAUGCCCCAAGUUAUGCCCCCAAACUUCAAUGACUUUCUGAAAAUGUUUCACAAAGGCACUGCCACCCCAAAUGUUCCUCAGAACCCAAUGCCACCCCAUUUAGGACCUCCCAUGUUUCCCUGGACUGCUGACCAAACCAAGAUGCCAUAUAUGCCCCCUGACUUCAACCCUCACAUGCAUUCCCAACAUGUCGGCCAAGCACCGGCACCUCCCCCCUUCGGUCAGCUUCCUUGGCCCGGCCAUGUGAAGACUCCAUGGUGGCCCCUAGGACGAGAUACAGCUGCAUCCAAGCCUUCCCAGACUGGCCAGGGGAUGGUGUGGCCUCCACAGCCAUCAAGCCCCCCCUCCCCAACGGUCAAGGCUCCUGGACAAAUGCAGUUUCGUCCUCCUGUUGAGGUUUCUUCUCAGUUGCCGUUCAUUUUCAUGCAGAAGUCAAAAUAAAAGUUUGAGAAAUCU